CUUACAGAUCACAGGGAGCUCGGAACUUGCUUUACGCCACAAUGGGCGGCACCACUGGCCGCUGCAUCCUCCUCCCCCUCUUGAUCAUAUCCACUGCUUCACGGAUCGUGUUUUCGAUUGCGGCAGACACCCUGUUGCCAUCCCAAUCCCUCCGAGAUGGACAAACGCUUGUCUCUGCCAACAAGACCUUCGAAUUUGGCUUCUUCAGUCCCGGCAGCUCGACCAACCGCUAUGUCGGCAUAUGGUAUCACAAAGUGCAAAAGCAAACGCCGGUAUGGGUGGCUAACAGAGACAACGCGAUCGCAGACAAAUCCGGUGUGCUCAUGUUCGACGACAACAAUGGGGAUCUCAUACUUUUAGACGGCAGGGGGAGUUCAUCCGUAUUGGCCUCCGGUCUUGGGACGAACAACAGGGAAGCGACCAUCCUGGAUUCAGGCAAUCUUGUUUUGAGGAGUAGCGAUAACACGUCGAUGGUCUCGUGGCAGAGCUUCGAUCAUCCUACUGAUACUUUCCUCCCCGGUAUGAAGCUUGGACUGAAUCGCCGGCAGAACCGGUUGCUUACGUCAUGGAAAAGCAAAGAUGAUCCUGCUCUCGGAGAUUUUUCUUUAGGCCUCGAUCCUACCGGCAAGCCCAAGUUCCUUAUCUGGAAGAAAGGGACUCCUUAUUGGAGCAGUGGGGAUUGGGACGGGAAAAUGUUCAGAGCGGUUCCUGAGAUGACUCCAGACUACAUCUUCAAUUAUGAAUUCGUCCAUGACCAACACGAACUGUACUUCACUUACUCUAUGAAGGAUGACUCUAUCAUUUCAAGAUUAAUUAUCGGUAUUUCAGGUCAAAUCCAGCAAAUGACAUGGUUAGAGAUCGAAACAUCGUGGAUACUGUUCUGGUCUCAACCACACACCCAAUGCAAUGUGUAUGACCUCUGUGGGGCAUUUGGCGUUUGCAAUGAAGCGAUACAACCAAAGGCUUGCGAAUGCUUGCCUGGUUUUCAGCCAGCAUCUUUGCAAGAUUGGUUUGAAGGAAGCACAGGAGGAGGGUGCCUCAGGAAAACCAGCUUGCAAUGCGAGAGCGGAGAAAAGCCAGAUAAGUUUGUGGUGAUGCCCCAUAUGAAGUUCAAUGCAAAUGCAACUAAAUUGGAUGUUUCGGAUGCCAAAGACUGUGAAUCAGCCUGCCAUAAACAUUGUAACUGUACUGCUUAUGCCUUCUCCGGAGGUUGUAGCUUAUGGCAAGGGGACCUUGUAAAUCUGCAACAAGUCGACGGUGGUGAAAACAUCACCAUUGGAACUUUGUACAUUCGAGUUGCUGAUUCCGAGUCUCAAGGAGCGCAAGUAUCUGAACCCAAGAUCUCCUCAGAUCAUAAAGGGAAAAAGAGGAAGCUGCUGCAAAUCAUGGCCUCAGUAGCAGCAUCUCUUGCAUUACUCCUGUCUUGCUCUCUCAUGUGUUUUCUGUGGAUCAGAAAACGGAGAAGCAGAGACACAAAAAGGUCACACGAGGAGAAAUCAUUACUUGCAUUGGUGAAUCACUUACCAAUUAAGAUCGGAGAAGGCGACAGAGCUGCAGAGUUCUUGCUGUACCAUUUCUCAGAUAUAGAAAAAGCCACAAGCAACUUUUCAGCCGAGAAUAAGCUUGGAGAGGGUGGGUUUGGACCUGUUUAUAAGGGCCAAUUGCCAGAAGGACAGGAGAUAGCUGUCAAAAGACUUUCUGCACGUUCUGGACAAGGGCUACUCGAGUUCAGUAAUGAAAUUAUUCUCAUAGCAAAGCUUCAGCAUAGGAAUUUAGUAAGGCUAUUGGGAUACUGCAUUCAAGGAGAGGAGAAGCUACUCGUCUAUGAAUACAUGCCCAACAAGAGCUUGGACUUCUUCCUAUUCGACUCAACCAGAGGAGCCCUUCUGGACUGGAGCAAGCGCGCCCAUAUCAUUGAAGGGAUAGCUCAAGGCCUUCUUUAUCUUCACAAGCACUCCAGACUGCGUGUCAUUCACAGGGAUCUGAAAGCCAGCAACAUUCUCCUGGACGCGGACGUGAAUCCUAAGAUAUCGGACUUUGGCAUGGCCAGAAUUUUUGGCUCAAACGAAACACAAGCAAACACAAACAGAGUUGUUGGAACAUAUGGGUACAUGGCACCUGAGUAUGCUUCACAGGGUCAAUUCUCGAUCAAGUCUGAUGUCUUCAGUUUUGGUGUUCUGCUCCUGGAGAUCGUAACUGGAAAGAGAAGUGCAGGUUUUCAUCAAUAUGGGGGGAAUGCACUCAACCUUCUGGGUCAUGCAUGGGAACUAUGGAAAGCAGGUAAAUGGUCGGAGCUUAUGGAUCCAUCUCUAGGCGAUGGAUGCCCAUCUUGGGAGGUGUCGAGGUGCAUUCAUGUGGCGCUCAUGUGCGUCCAAGAAAACGCUGGUGACAGGCCCACCAUGUCGGAUGUCAUCGCUAUGCUUGGUAAUGAAAGUGUCGCUUUGGCGGAUCCUAAGCAGCCUGCUUUCUUCACAGUGGCAACUGCAGCCGAGGCAGAACACGCAUCGAUGUUAGCUGCGAAUUGUUCUUUAAAUGAGAUGACCAUCACCACGCCGGAGGGCCGAUAUUAUUCAUGUCCAGUAAGAAAAGAUAGGUGUGCCGUCACAGAAUGUCUUACGCCGACGGUUCUGCAGCUUAAGAGAGAAAGAAUGUCCAUCACCAAGCUCUGGAUCGUGCUUGCCCUUUCUGCAGGAGUUCUCGUAGCUCAUGGUCAGCCAGGCGACACACUAACCUCAAGCACACCUCUCAGUGACAACCAAACCUUAACCUCCGCUGGAGGAAUCUUUGAACUGGGCUUCUUCAGACCAGGCAAUUCGAGCGAGUGGUACCUGGGAAUAUGGUAUAAGGAAAUCCCAGAUCAACCAAUAGUAUGGGUUGCCAACAGGGACACUCCACUGAAUGGCUCCGUGAGAAUAUUGAAUCUUACUGCUGAUGGAAAUCUACUACUGCUCAACAAAGAUGCAAAUAUUUUAUGGUCAACGAAUACAUCGAAUGCUACUUAUCCAUUACUUCAGCUUUCAGACUCAGGAAAUCUCAUCCUGACAGGAGGAAUCCCUAAGAGCAUAUUAUGGCAAAGUUUUGAUCAUCCAUCUGACACAUUUCUGGCAGGCAUGAAGAUUGGAUUGGAUUUUUCUGCCAAGCUAGACAGACACCUUAUAUCGUGGAAGAGUAGUUCGGACCCUUCUCCAGGGAACUACUCCUAUGGGAUGGAUCCUCAUGGAGUACCAGAAGUCUAUAUAUGGGAAGGAUCUUCUCGGACCUUUCGCACUGGACCAUGGAAUGGAAAAGGUUGGAGUGGCCGUCCUGACAUGUGGACAAAUGGUGUCCUCCGGUUCCACUUUGUUAUGAACCAACAUGAGGUAUACUAUACAUUUGAAAGCUUGAACAAGUCUGUUCAUUGCCGGGCAGUUCUUGAUGCGAGUGGUGUACUGCAACGCUUGGUGUGGUCUACUGCAAGCAAUAGAUGGGAUCUUUUCUGGUUGGUUCCGGAAGACCCCUGCGAUCAAUACGCAACAUGUGGAGCUAAUGGGAUGUGCACCACCAUCUACUCACCUAGAUGCCAAUGUCUGCAGGGCUUCACUCCUAAGUCACCUAAAGAUUGGGAUCUUAGAGAGAAUUCAGAUGGUUGUGUUAGGCGAACAGGUUUAAAUUGUUCAACCGAUGGUUUUUUUCCUUUGCAAAAUGUGAAGCUGCCUGAUACUUCAAAUGCCAGCACUGAGAGCAACAAGACUCUAAAUGAGUGCCAGGACUUGUGCUUGAAGAAUUGUUCUUGCUUGGCAUAUGCUCUGAAUGGAGAGAGUAUGUGUAUAACUUGGCUUAGUGAUCUUGUCGAUAUUAGGAUGUUUAUAGAAGGAGGUGAUGAUCUGUACAUUCGGCUUGCAGCUUCUGAAUUAGAUUCAAUAAGUAAUUCUGGCAACAAGAUAAGAUUGGCGAUUGCGGUCACUAUUCCUGUUCUGAGUUCUCUUCUGUUGCUGUGUGUUGCUUUGCUUUUAUGGUUGAAGAGAAGAAGAAGAAGGAACCAUGGUAAAGUGAUGAGUUCUCACUCCAUUGGAAGCAAAGAAAGCGAGUUAGAGUUGCCUUUAUUUGAUGUGCGUAGAAUCAAAGCUGCCACUGAUGACUUCUCCGUAGACAAGAUAUUAGGUGUGGGUGGGUUUGGCCCUGUUUACAAGGGUCAGUUGGAAGAUGGGCACGAAGUUGCUGUCAAGAGGUUGUCCAAAAAUUCCAUUCAAGGCAUAGAUGAGUUCAAAACUGAGGUUAUGUUAAUUGCCAAACUUCAACAUCGGAAUCUUGUCCGCUUACUUGGCUACUGUAUUGAGGAUGAGGAAAGAAUGCUGAUCUAUGAGUACAUGCAAAAUACAAGUUUGGAUGCUUUCAUAUUCGAUAAAAGAAAGAGCAGUCUAUUGAAUUGGCAAAAGCGCCUUGACAUCAUAAUAGGGAUUGCUCGUGGGCUUCUUUAUCUUCAUCAAGAUUCUAGGUUGAGAGUCAUUCACAGAGAUCUGAAGGCCAGCAAUAUUCUCCUUGACCAUGAGAUGAAUCCGAAAAUUUCAGACUUCGGCACAGCAAGGACAUUCAGAGCAGGCCAAACCGAGGGGAACACAAAGAGAGUAGUGGGAACAUGUGGAUAUAUGUCCCCGGAGUACGCGAUGGGCGGGCUCUUUUCAGAGAAAUCAGAUGUUUUCAGCUUUGGCGUAAUGCUACUGGAAAUCUUGAGUGGCAAGAAGAAUAAUGUGGUCCUUCAGGCAGAUCAGCGUAUAAAUCUGUUAGGACAUGCUUGGAUGCUGUGGAAACAAGGUAGAUGCUUGGAGCUGCUGGAAGAAUCAAUCGGCCACUCUUACCCUGUGUCUGAAGUGUUCAGGUGCUUCCAAGUUGGUUUAUUAUGCGUGCAAGAAGGGAGCGAAGACAGGCCAACAAUGGGAGAGGUAGUUCUGAUGCUAAGCAGUGAAUCGGUCAUGCUACCUCAACCUAAUCGGCCUGGUUUCUAUGUCACUCGGACUUCCAUAGGAGAAGAUUGCUCUCCCAGUGAGAUCACAAUGACCGAACUCGAAGGCCGUUAAAAUUACAGUGAAUUUUGUGGAAAAUUUGUAAUGUUUUCCAGGAACCAUGUACAUAUUAUUACGUUACUGGUCUUCACUAUCAGCAAUUGACCAUGGAGUUCUUCUUGUUUUUGUAAUGAUUACAACAAUCAUCGUUGAAUGUGAUGUGCCUAUAGUUGAUAA